CCUCGCUCGCCCUAUCAGCGCCGCUUACGCCAAUUGCGUGGGGAGGCGGGCGCCACUGCGCAGGCGCGGCAGCCUCGGCUUGGGGGCAGGCCGCAGCGGCGGCGAGAGCGAGCGAGCGAGAGCAGAACAUGAAUGGAGCAAAAUGGCGGAUCAUGUGCAGAGUCUAGCCCAGCUAGAGAACCUGUGCAAGCAACUGUAUGAGACGACAGAUACCACGACGCGGCUGCAGGCAGAGAAGGCUUUGGUGGAGUUCACCAAUAGCCCAGACUGCUUGAACAAGUGCCAGCUUCUUCUCGAAAGAGGGAGUUCGUCUUACUCCCAGCUAUUGGCAGCUACAUGCCUUACGAAACUGGUGUCGCGCACAAACAACCCUUUGCCCUUGGAACAGCGGAUAGACAUCCGAAACUAUGUGCUCAACUACCUGGCCACAAGGCCCAAACUGGCGACCUUUGUGACCCAAGCCCUAAUCCAGCUCUAUGCUAGGAUCACAAAGCUGGGCUGGUUUGACUGCCAGAAGGAUGAAUAUGUUUUCAGAAACGUCAUCACGGACGUCACAAGGUUUUUACAGGACAGUGUAGAGCACUGCAUCAUAGGAGUGACCAUUCUCUCUCAACUGACGAAUGAAAUUAACCAAGUAAGUGCUACAGCAUUCCUCAGCGAAGCAGACACUACGCACCCUUUGACCAAGCACAGGAAAAUAGCCUCUUCAUUCCGGGAUUCUUCGUUAUUUGAUAUCUUCACACUCUCCUGCAAUUUGUUAAAACAGGCGUCGGGUAAAAACCUGAACUUGAACGAUGAAAGCCAGCACGGCCUCCUCAUGCAGCUCCUUAAGCUCACACACAACUGCCUGAAUUUCGAUUUCAUCGGUACGUCGACAGACGAGUCCUCGGACGACCUCUGCACCGUGCAGAUCCCCACCAGCUGGAGAUCAGCAUUUCUAGAUUCCUCGACCUUACAGCUGUUUUUUGACCUGUACCAUUCCAUUCCUCCCACGUUUUCACCUCUGGUCUUAUCGUGUCUAGUGCAAAUCGCUUCUGUCCGUAGGUCCUUAUUUAACAAUGCAGAAAGAGCAAAGUUUUUGUCUCAUCUCGUUGAUGGCGUCAAACGAAUACUGGAAAACCCCCAGAGCUUGUCAGACCCCAACAACUACCAUGAGUUCUGUCGGUUGCUUGCGCGGCUGAAGAGCAACUACCAGCUGGGGGAGCUGGUGAAAGUGGAAAACUACCCAGAAGUCAUCCGACUCAUCGCCAACUUCACAGUGACCAGUUUGCAGCACUGGGAAUUUGCCCCCAACAGCGUCCACUAUCUGCUCAGCCUGUGGCAGCGGCUGGCAGCCUCUGUUCCCUACGUCAAAGCCACUGAGCCCCACAUGCUGGAGACCUACACGCCCGAAGUCACCAAAGCAUACAUCACCUCCAGGCUGGAGUCUGUGCACAUCAUACUGAGAGACGGCUUGGAGGACCCUCUGGACGACACGGGCCUGGUGCAGCAGCAGCUUGACCAGCUCUCCACCAUCGGGCGCUGCGAGUACGAGAAGACCUGUGCCCUCCUGGUGCAGCUGUUUGACCAGUCGGCCCAGACCUACCAGGAGCUGCUGCAGAGCGCCACUGCCAUCCCAGUGGAUGUCGCUGUGCAGGAAGGGCGCCUGACGUGGCUGGUCUACAUCAUCGGGGCGGUGAUCGGGGGACGGGUGUCGUUUGCCAGUACAGAUGAGCAGGAUGCCAUGGAUGGCGAGCUGGUUUGCCGGGUCCUUCAGCUCAUGAACCUGACAGACUCACGCCUGGCUCAGGCGGGCAACGAGAAGCUGGAGCUGGCCAUGCUGAGCUUCUUUGAGCAGUUCCGGAAAAUCUACAUUGGAGACCAGGUGCAGAAGUCCUCCAAGCUCUACCGUCGGCUCUCGGAGGUUCUUGGGCUGAACGAUGAGACCAUGGUCCUGAGUGUCUUCAUUGGGAAAAUCAUCACUAACUUGAAGUACUGGGGGCGGUGUGAGCCAAUCACCUCCAAGACACUACAGCUUCUCAAUGACCUCUCCAUUGGCUACAGCAGCGUGAGGAAACUGGUGAAACUGAGCGCUGUGCAGUUCAUGCUGAACAAUCACACCAGUGAGCACUUUUCCUUCUUGGGCAUCAACAAUCAAUCAAACCUAAGCGACAUGAGAUGCCGGACGACCUUCUACACGUCUCUUGGGCGCCUCCUCAUGGUGGACCUUGGGGAGGAUGAAGACCAGUACGAGCAGUUCAUGCUGCCCUUGACGGCCGCCUUUGAGACCGUGGCCCAGAUGUUCAGCACCAACACUUUCAAUGAGCAGGAAGCCAAAAGAACCUUGGUGGGCCUCGUGAGGGACCUAAGGGGCAUCGCCUUUGCCUUCAAUGCCAAGACCAGCUUCAUGAUGCUCUUCGAGUGGAUCUACCCCUCCUACAUGCCGAUCCUGCAGCGGGCGGUGGAGCUGUGGUACCACGACCCGGCCUGCACCACCCCGGUGCUCAAGCUGAUGGCCGAACUGGUACACAACCGGUCCCAGAGGCUGCAGUUUGACGUCUCCUCCCCCAACGGCAUCCUGCUCUUUCGGGAGACCAGCAAAAUGAUCACGACCUACGGGAACCGCAUCCUGACCCUGGGGGAGGUCCCAAAGGAUCAGGUGUACGCCUUGAAGCUGAAAGGGAUCUCCAUCUGCUUCUCCAUGUUGAAGGCUGCGCUGAGCGGCAGCUACGUCAACUUCGGGGUCUUCCGCCUUUAUGGAGACGACGCACUAGACAACGCCUUGCAGACCUUCAUCAAGCUGCUGCUCUCCAUCCCCCACAGUGACCUCCUGGACUACCCUAAACUCAGCCAGUCCUAUUAUUCGUUGCUGGAAGUUCUCACCCAAGACCACAUGAACUUUAUUGCUAGCCUGGAGCCGCAUGUCAUCAUGUAUAUUCUCUCUUCCAUUUCAGAAGGUCUCACGGCACUCGACACCAUGGUCUGCACAGGUUGCUGCUCCUGCCUGGACCACAUUGUCACCUAUCUCUUCAAGCAGCUCUCCCGCAGCACCAAGAAGAGGGCUGCCCCACUGACCCAGGAGAGCGACCGCUUCUUGCACAUCAUGCAGCAGCACCCAGAGAUGAUCCAGCAGAUGCUGUCAACUGUGCUGAAUAUCAUCAUCUUUGAGGACUGCCGGAACCAGUGGUCCAUGUCCCGGCCGUUGCUUGGUUUGAUCCUACUCAACGAAAAGUAUUUCUCAGACCUCCGGAACAGCAUUGUGAACAGCCAGCCGCCCGAGAAGCAGCAAGCGAUGCACCUCUGCUUUGAGAACCUCAUGGAGGGCAUUGAGCGAAAUUUGCUGACCAAGAAUCGGGACAGGUUUACGCAGAACCUGUCUGCCUUUCGGCGGGAGGUGAACGACUCCAUGAAGAACUCCACUUACGGGGUAAACAGCAACGACAUGAUGAGCUGACAUUUUGCGCGAAGCCUUUCUCCGGCCGCCGCCGGCCGGGGAGGUUGACUUUUCCGAUGGAAAGACAAAAGGGCAUUUGUGAUCCCUGCCGGUCCCUGGGGCUGGGCUGCAGGAGGAGGAGGAGGACGGGUGGGCGGGGCCUCCUCCCUCCGCGGCCGCCACGGGUGGGGCGGGGGCUUUUUCAUCCCUUGGGGGAGAGCGGCAGCCAGCGGAGGAGGCCGGCCCCUCCCCGGGCGAAUGUCAGAGAGGGACCCUGCGUCCUGCCGCAGCCUGCCUUGUAUAAACAUGUACAUUUUUUCAUAACAUUUUGAACAAGGUUUAUAUUGACUCAAGUUUAAAAAAAAAAACCAGAAGUGUGACUGAAAUUUUUACAGAGUUUAGUGCACCAAUGCUGACAAUGUGAGGGUUGUGUGUGAGUGAGGAAGCCGAGGGGAGGGGCGGAGGGGGGGGGGUGCAGAGCUAUAUUUAGUAAGGAGCAUAAAGGGGGGGGGGCGGGGGGCUGGGGGCACAAGACGCGGGCGCGUGUAAAGUUCCAAAUGUAUAUUUUUCUUAUACAUCCCCUCCCGACUCCUCCUGCCCCAGCCUUCCCGCUUGUUAGGAACUCAAAGCCAUGCUGUUCCCUGCCUGUGUAUGUCUCCUGUCUGGCUCCCAGCACUCGCUUUCUCAGACUGGUUUCAAUGGGCCGGCCAUGGAAAGCCCAUGCUGGUGGUGUCUGUCCUGCCCACCCUUUCACACAUUGCACCCCCCCCCCCCCAAUUCCCUGUUUGUAUGAACCCUCCUUAUUUCCAAAUUACUAUCAGGGGCCACAUUAGCAUCUCCCCCCAAAAGACAGUGGGGUCAUUCCAUUCCAAGUGGUCUAAGAUUUUUAAAAAGUUCCCACCAUCGUAUAUUCUCAAAUUUUCAAAUUUUAGCUGUAGCGCUAAUCAGGUGUUAAACUAAGUUUCCCAAAAAUGUGAGGUCUCUUAACUGCAAUAGUUGUUGAUCCAGACCUUCUUAUCUGUCACGUAGUCGGUCAGCAUGCUCACGACAUUUAACAAAAUGUCAUUUUUGGGGUCUAACAUAAUCAAAAUUAAAUGUAUAAGAUUUGCUAGUAAAUUGAAGUCCUGUAGGUUUUUUUCCCCUGCUGAUUCUGAUUAAAGUAACUGUAACAUGAUGGAUGCAAUAUGCAGUCAAACAAGUAGCCUCAAAAUGUGCAUCCAAAUGUGUUGUGACAAAUCCUCAAAAUGUGCAUCCAAAUACGUUGUCACAAAUUUUGACCAAUAUUCAGACUGCAACCAUGUCCAUACAAAUUAAGGUAUUUUGAAAUUUUGACCAAGCAUUAUGCUUGUGCUGGACAUAAUACUGCCAGAUUUGCAACUAUCCAGCAUCUAUAACCCCUGGGUAGUUGCAAUGUAUGGUUAUAUUUUGUGCAGUUAUGCUUUACACAUCUUCACUGUCCUGCUAGUGGCUGCAUGGCUAUUGGAUGUGGCCCCAUAGUUUCAAUGUGGUAUAUAACAUACUUAUGACCUGAGUAAAUGCAUACUUAUUGGUCACAUUGCAAAACAAAAACUUAUCAGUCUAGUAGAGCAAAAUUUCCUCUUUCAGAUGAUACUAUUCACAAGCUUAUUCAGUAGACUCUUUUUAAAUAAAUUGUACAUUUUACCAUUUGCAUCGAAAGUGCCGAAUUUGAAGAGAUCCUGCAGGGCAGUUAUAGAUGUUGGGUAGUUGCACAUGUGGAAGUAUUUUGUCCAGCACAAGCAUAAUGCUUGGUCAAAAUGUCAACUCCGCCUCUUUGUUUGCAUGGAAAUGGUUGCAGUCGAAAUAUUGUUCAAAAUUUGUCACAAUGAGUCGCGAGACCUUUUGAUGCCCACUUUGAGUCCACUUGUUUGACUGGACUUCGCAUCCAUAAUGUUAAAAUUAAUUUCAUCAGAAUCAGCAGAAAAAAACUGUACAGGAUUUCAAUUUACUAGCCAUUCUUAGACAUUUAGUUUCAAUUUUAUUAGACCCCAAAAAUGAUAUUUUAUUAAAUAUUGCACACACACUAACUACCCUUCAGAUAAGGAGGUCUAGAUCAGCAACUAUUGGAGUUAGAGACCUCACAUUUUGGGAAACUUAGUUUAUAAUAAUAAUAAUAACAACUUUAUUUUUAUACCCCGCCCCAUCUCCCCGAAGGGACUCGGGGCAGCUUACAUGGGGCCUGGCCUGAUAAAACAAUCAAAUAUCAAAACACAGCAAUAAAACAGUUAUCCAAUAAAAACAUCAAUUACAGUAAAAACAAUCGUUAAAAUCAACAUAAAACAUACAAUAUUAACACUGGAGACUAAUUCAUAGAACCCAGGCAACGUGCAACAUGGGCCGAAAUGGGGAAGGUAAUUUCUCAGUUAAAAUUUUCACACGUUUUAAAAUUUUAAAAGUUUCACACGUGACUGGUGCUACAGCCAAAUUUUGGACAACAUUGGAAACAUGAUGGUGAGGUUUAGACGACUUGUCAUGGAAGGACCCAGUGGGGUGUCUUGCAUCGCCUGCCUAUGGGUCCCCCACAAAGACCAGUGUUCAUAGAUGACCAUCUGCAGUGCGGACUGGGCUUGGGGCUGCUUCGGGGUUUGACCCAGUGGAGCAGCAGCGGCCCCCGCCUUUAAGGCCGGCCCCACUUCGGGCAUUGACGCUUCCUUGGGAGUCCGUGUUGAGGGGGAGGGAGACGUCUGCCUUGCACCUUCCCUGUCCUCCUUGCUGCUAGUUCUGUGCACCCCUUUCUCCCCCAUUGUCUUGGGCCCUCUUCCCAGAGAGCACCCCCCCCCCCCGGUUGUUUAUUUUCUUUCCUCCCCCCUUUUCCGUUGGCGAUUGAUUGUGUGUUGGGUCCUUUUUUUUGCGUGAGCAGAUUGCUGGAUGACGACUUGUAAGGGUGUUUGCUGCAUACAGUGUAAGCAUUGUGGCUGCAAAUAAACUUCAGUGGUUUCUACUGAGCUGUGUGGAACCAGG